AUGGUUUCUCACGAGUCCCAAACAGCGAUGGAAAACGCCUCCAAGGCGGUUAAGGAGUUCAUGAUCAAGAAUGGUCACCGUGACACCAGCAUCUACGAAUAUGUCCGCCCAGCUGUCUACCACGAGACACGGACGAGAACCGAAAGAGCAGAGGUCAUCACGGUGCUUGACCAAGAACGUCACCAGAGCCACUUUCACACCUCAAUCCAGCCAGUGACUGAUGAAGAGACGCUUGAGCCUCAACACCAUGAACGUAUACACCCUGUUGAAAAGCAUGUAUUCGAGCAUGACGACCGUGAAGAGGUCAAGCAUCGCCUGGAUGCGGAGCAGGCCAAGUUUUUCGACAACGUCGAGAUCGUGGAGGGCGAGAAGACCAGGGAAGUGCAGCAGUCUCUGGAGGGCUCUCAUUUGCAUCACCAUGUGAGGGAGAUCAUACAACCAAUCGUCACCAAGCGUAAGUCUUUGGCCCUCUUCUCCGAGACAGGAGCGAUUUUUGACACUGACGGCGGCCUCUAG